CAGACUAAAGAAAUACACUUCCCUGUGGUCCUAGUGUCACAGGCAGCUGGCAAGUAAAGAAGAUACGCAAGGCACCAUGAACUAUUCACGGUUUUUAACAGCUGUCAGUGCUGCCAGGAAGCCUUCUCCAAUCCGCAUACUAACGGAGCUGCAGCAGCGUUCCCCUGCCUCUCUCAUCUCCCUGGCGGGGGGUGCCCCCAACCCCAACACCUUCCCCUUCCAGUCGGCCACCAUCCAGGUGAAGAAUGGCCAGUCGGUGGUGUUCGACGAGGGCACCAUGAAGAGAGCGCUGCAGUACUCGGGAUCUUACGGUAUCCCAGAGCUGGUGUCGUGGAUGAAGGAGCUUCAGAGGAGUCUCCACAACCCUCCCACGGCCAGCUACAGCCCUGAGAGGGGGCAGAUGGAGAUGUGCGUCACCACCGGCAGCCAGGAGGGCCUGUGCAAGGUGUUUGAGAUGCUGGUGAAUCCUGGUGACAAUGUGCUGCUGGACGCCCCCACGUAUUCUGGCACUCUGGCAGCGCUCCAGCCUCUGGGCUGCAACAUCAUCAAUGUGCCGAGUGACGAGCACGGCAUGAUCCCGGACGGCCUGCGGGAGGUGUUGUCUCGCUGGGACCCGGCGGACGCCUCCAAGCCCGGCAGUAACCUACCCCGCGUGCUCUACACCAUCCCCAACGGAGGCAACCCCACCGGGGCCUCCAUGACCACCGCGCGCAAGCAGCAGGUGUACGAGUUGGCGAGGAAGUAUGACCUUCUCAUUAUUGAAGAUGACCCCUAUUACUUCCUGCAGUUCCAGAAGCCCUGGGCCCCCACCUUCCUCUCCAUGGACGUCGACGGCCGAUGCAUCCGCACCGACUCCUUCUCCAAGAUCCUGUCAUCCGGGUUGAGGAUAGGUUUUGUCACUGGGCCGAAGCCGCUGGUGGACCGAGUGGUGUUGCACAUCCAGGCCUCCACCAUGCACACCAGCACGUUCACACAGCUCAUGGUGUCCCACCUCCUGCAUGGCUGGGGCCAGAACGGCUUCCUCAGCCACAUAGAUGGGGUGGUGGAGUUCUACCGAGCCCAGAGGAACGCAAUGCUAUCAUCUGCUGACAAGUGGUUAACAGGCUUGGCGGAGUGGCAUGCUCCGGCGGCGGGCAUGUUCCUGUGGAUCCGACUGAAGGGUGUGGCCGACACACAACAACUCAUCAUGGAGAAGGCACUGGAGAAAGAGGUGCUGCUGGUUCCUGGUGGAGUGUUUACGAUCAACAGUGAAGAGCCUUGUCCUUACGUCCGGGCAGCCUUCUCCCUCUCCACUCCAGAGCAGAUUGAUGAGGCUUUCAAGAGGCUCUCCUCUCUCCUUAAGGAGGCCCAGUGAAAAAGACAGGCGGCCAUUUUGGAAGGAGAAAAAAAGAAGAAAGUUAUUCAUCGCCACAGAGGUUUUAUUUUAUUUAUUUUUAUUUUUUUAAACUGCAGAAGAAUGAGGGGAGACGUUGUAAAUUUAAUCCUGACGUUACUUGCUUCAUUGGGGGAAAAAAGGAUGAACAUUUUUAACCUUUCUUUUUACACGACACACAAGGACAUUGAAGAUGGUUUUAAAUGCCUUUUUAAAGGUUUACCAUGCCUUGUACCUCAGGCCUUAGCUCUUUCUACUGAUGAAAUCUCACAUUUAUUUCACACAGCUAAGUUGUAUUUUACUCAGCAUAAUAUACUGUUUACUGUUUUCUGAAACAAUGUUUGAGAACGAAAUGUAUUUUUAAUACACUGCUGCUGAAUCAAGGUUGAUUUCCGAACACUAAUUUGAUUUGAAUGGUGCUGUCAUGUGAAGAUCAAUGUAAAAUAGUGUUUAUUUUAUUUGUUUCAAAAAAGGGCUCAUCCUGACUCAAGUCAGUCUUCCGUUGGUACAUUUUGCAUGUAUGACUUGUCUUAAAAAUGUUAUCAUGUUUGCUUAUGUGAAGAUGCAGUAUAUUGUCAUGAUGUCACAUUUGGUGAAUUCUAAGGCAGAGAGAGUGUUUUUGAUAUGGCAUAAUUAAAACUCCCCAUUCACAAAUUUCAUCUUUUUCAUGAAUAUUUACUACCACCAUAUUUCAAAAUGUUUCUUGUGGUUGGGAAAAGCACACUUUCUCUACAUUAAUAGGUGGAUCUUCUCAUUCUAAAUUUGCCAUUUUGAAUUACCAGUAAUAGAUGUCAUAGACCUUGUAAGCUGCGGAACCUUUUCAGGUCAGCAGCAAUAUUCACGAUAAAAAAAAUCUAUUUUGUGAAGGACAGCAUUAAUAUUGGAAAUAAAUCACUCAAAAUUUGGGCUGGACCUUUCACACAUGGUUUGCACAUCUACAAUAAAGACUCAGGACUUUCCUA